GUGGAUGUCGAAACACGAAUGAUCACAACGACGACACAAAGAGGGGAAAUCCGUCGGUGCAUGGCUCGGGGAGCACGAUGGGCUGAAUUUAACUUCGAACAACCGUACGUUUUGUGAUAUUCUGUGUACGGUCAGUGCUCACGCCGCAGAACGAAACACCGGGCACCGAUCCUCAACACGCUUCUGUCUCGAUUCCGCCUUCAGUUCGCCGUCGUGAGUCCACCUGAACAGGUGACCGAUCCUUCGAUAGACAGUCAUCAUCGAUAGACAUUUCCGUCUCUCCUUCUAUCCCUCUAUGUUAUUUCUUCCCAACGUUUCCAAGAGAUUAUACGCGAGGACAUUUUUUUUAUUUAUUUACGAUCGAAGAAAAAAAUCAUUUCUUCGUUUCGUUUCGAAAAUAGGUAGAUGUAGAUCAAUUUUUUAACUUAUACAAUAAAAAUUAAUUACACCUAUUCGAAUUCUAUUUAUCAAAUCGAAGAUUGUGUAGACGAUAGACGACAAUUUAAUAAUAUUAUUAUAUUUAUAAUCUGUCGCAAAUUUGUUCCAAGAUUUACACGAUUAAUUGUAAAGGUGGCGGCUGUAAACAGAGUCGGUGAGGGUGAUCGACUACCGUGGGUAAAUGGAGUUUAUUGCCGUAGGCGAACGUUCAGUAUACCGGCGAGAGCUCACCUGGCCAGGUGAACACGCUGCGCCUCUUCUCACAGGCGGUUUAUCAGUAACAUGCUGACAGACGGCGGUUACCGUCGAGACGAGGCUGCUUAAGCAAAAUCUCGCCUUUAUACCGAACUUGGCAAAUUGUCCUCGAUGAAAUAAGCCGUCGUGAACGUCGGGGAGAUCUUGGAUAACGUUGGAAGAAUUAUUAUUUCCACGAACGAAAGUGAAAUAAAUCGUUGACUUUUAAGUAAAGUGACAUGUUACCAGUGAAAGUUUAGAAAGAACGUGGUUAUACGAUUUAUUAUUAUCGUAUCUGUUGCGUGCGUGCGUUUACCGAGGCAGUGAUUGUUUUUUGUCCAACAAAAGAAUCGAAUCGAAAUAAGAGAGAUAUUUUUCUAAAGAGUGCAACGGUAUCGGAGAGAGAAAAGAAUAAUUUUUUCCAGUGCAACAUUAUACAGAAAUAAAGUAGACAAUUUUCAAGAAUAUGUGGCGGAGGAAGAACAAUUUUACGAUGGAUAUCAUUGGAAGCAAGUUAAGAAAGUUUCCAGUCGACGGUCAACGAUAAUCAUGCCAAUUAAGCGAAGUUUGCCAUCAAGAUGACCUCGACGAAGCCGAUCAUCACGUUUUCAUGGCUGUUGCGAUCCUACAAGAGGCCUAGGUUUAAGUUGGAAUGGCUCGGUUUCGUGUUCGCCUGCCUUUUGUCCAGUUGCUCGGCAAGGAACAAUCCACCGCGUUUCCUGAUCGACGGCCAAACGGAAAUCAUUCUCAGGCAGAAAGAAGGACCUGAUACGCCAGUUGGCAGUUUAAUUUACAGGCUUCGCGGCGUCGAUCCUGACGGUGACAGCCUGACGUUCGGCGUUAGAGAUCAACCUGGCAGCGACGUGAUUCGGGUCGAGAAUUUUAGCCCGACCGAGGCCAAUAUUUACUUGAACAAAUUGCUGGACAGAGAGGUGAGGGACGAGUACGCGCUGGUGUUGACUCUGACAGACGGAAGAUUGGGGGAGGGAAACUUCAUCACGCAAAGUUUAUUGCUGCUUGUCGAAGAUGUUAAUGACAACGUGCCGAUAUUUCGUCCACACCCGACUUCCCUCACGUUACGCGAGGAUUCCGGGCCAAGCGUUCUAACAACGGUCGAAGCCACGGACGCGGACCUGGGUGCACACGGCCAGGUGGUUUACUACCUGCAGGAACUGGACGGGGAUAAUGAUGUGUUCAGUAUUUCCACUGUCAAUGGGAAAGGUGUCAUCCGGCUGGUUGGCCGCCUCGAUUACGAAAAGAAAUAUUUGUACCAGUUGAGGAUUUUGGCGAUCGAUCGAGCGAUAAACGAAAAGGUAAAUACAGGGACAACCGCGAUACUCGUCAAAGUUCAAGAUGUCGAGGAUCAACCUCCGGAGUUCAUAACCAUGACACCUGUUGCCAGAAUCAGUGAAAAUGCUAGGAUAGGCACAUCCGUUCUCCACGUGCGCGCUGUGGACGGAGACAAGGGAAUAAACAACAAAAUCGUGUACAGCAUCAGCCAGGGGCCGAGAUAUCUGUUCGACAUAGACGCGACUUCCGGCCUCGUGUUCACCAGGGCGCAACUCGAUCGAGAAGCGGAGGAGAACGCCGACGGCACCUUUAUCCUGGAAAUCACCGUGAGAGAAGUGUCGAAGAUCGUCCCCCCGCCAUCGGUUUCCACCGAAGUCACCAUCAUUCUGACGGACGUGAACGACGAGGCCCCCAAGUUUCGUAGCCCGAGAUAUCGAGCCGAGAUAAACGAGAACGCGCCUUACAAUACGCCGGUUAAUUUCAUCGGUGAUGCGAUACCGGAAGUUUACGAUCAUGACUUGGGUACAAAUGGCACGUUUAGAAUGUUCAUCGAAGGUGACGACGGGAUUUUCGACGUAACCCCGUCCAGAGGAAUUAACGAAGCUCCCUUCCUGAUACGCGUGAAAAAUUCGAGCAAGCUAGACUAUGAAACUAGAUCGGCGGUAAAUUUCACGUUGAUCGCGAAGGAGGUGGUGACAUUGGCACCGAAACUUAGCAAAGUGCCGGUAGUGGUUUUUAUAAAAGACCAGAACGAUAAUUAUCCGGAGUUCACGGAGGAGAAAUACGAGGUAUCGAUUCCGGAAAACUGCGCCGUUGGGACCACGGUGGCGUGGGUUCAAGCAUUGGACGAGGACAGCGGCAAUUUUGGAACGCAUGGGAUUAGAUACACGAAUUUAGGCGGCAGUAUUGCAUACGCACUGUCGAUGGAUCCUUUAACAGGGAUAAUCACGGUUAAGGAACCCGGGACAAGUUUCGACCGAGAGCUAGUAUCUCGGCAUUAUUUAACCGUGGAGGCGAGAGACGAUCUCGGGAAAGGGAAUCGAAAUACCGUGCAACUGAUCGUCAAUGUAAACGACGUUAACGACAAUGCGCCCAUAUUUCUGCAAAACAAAUACGAGGCGGUUCUUCUUGAGAACGAGGAUCACUUUCAAUCGCCGUUAAUCGUCGAGGCAUUCGACAUCGAUUUGAAUGGUACCAAGAACAGCGAGGUGGUGUACGCUUUAGUGUCGGGAGAAUUUUCGAGGAAUUUUAGUAUCGAUUCGAGGCGAGGGAUUAUUACCCCUACAACGCCUUUGGAUUACGAGGCUUUGCCAAUCAGUCAAGGGCACAAGGAAACGUCGGUACGGCCAUUGAGAUUGACGGUGCGUGCAAGGGAUAUGGGUAGCCCGAGCCUCAGCUCGGACGCGCCAUUAAUUAUUUACCUGAAGGACAUCAACGAUAACGCGCCCGCAUUCGAGAGAACGUUGUACAAAAGAAGCAUUCCGGAGGAUCUGCCUGGUGGCACCAGCGUGGUUCAAGUUAAAGCAUGGGAUAAGGAUUUGUCCUCGCCCAACAACAAAUUAGUGUAUCGAAUCCAGAGCGGCGCAGGCGAUAAGUUCGUAAUAAGCCCGGAAAUAGGGGUAAUUAGGGUUGCGCCUGGAUCUAAUCUAGAUCCCGAUCUAACUUCGCCGAAAACAACGAGGUACAGCUUGAACGUGAUCGCGAUCGACAGUGGAACGGAGAUUCAAAGAACGGCCGAAGUUCUCGUCAACAUUACUAUCGUCGAUGUUAAUAAUAAACCACCUGUUUUCAUCGAUCCUGGUACAGUGACCAUUCGUGAAAAUACACAGGUUGGAGCUUACGUGCACCGUGUUGUUGCUAAUGAUCCAGACAUUGCGCCCAUAUUGCGUUAUCGUAUCGAUCCGAAUUCUUCGGAGGCAAGAAACGAGGAGGGGACGUUAAUCAAGAUCCAAGAGUACGAUUAUCUGUCCACGUUGGAAUUGAACGCGCUCGAUGGAUUGCUUCGCGUAGUUAAAUUGUUAGACAGAGAAAGAGUGGAGACGAUAAGAUUGGGAUUGAUCGUUGAAGAUUUGGCAGCGAUCAGGGGGAUACAGACUGCAUCCGCAACGUUGAACAUAAUAAUCGAGGAUGAGAACGAUAACAAUCCGCGAUUCCGCCGACCAUUUUAUAGACGAUCGGUGACAGAAAACAGUAAAAAUGGCGUGAACAUCGCGAACAUCGUGGCCGAUGACGCUGACAAAAAUCGGAGCAUUACGUAUUCCUUGGAAAGUCCCAAAGAGCUCACGGACUUAGUCCAUCUCGACUCUGAAACGGGUGAAAUGGUGGUUGCGAACAAAAUCGACAGAGAACAAUAUUCCUGGCUCAAUUUGUCGGUUCGAGCCACCGACUCAGGAAUUCCACCCAGAUCAAGUCUUUCCGAAGUGUACGUUCAAGUAUUGGAUGAAAACGAUAACAAUCCGUACUUCGUGACCGACAUUAAUAAUCUGAACGUGAUGGAGAAUUCUAAAAUCGGUACAGAGAUUGCCACCAUCCAAGCUAGAGAUCCCGACAGCGGAGAUUAUGGAAAGAUUACGUAUCUCUUAGACAGAAUGUCAUCCGAGGGUACGUUUGCAAUCCAUCCCGAGACUGGUGCAUUGACCGUGGCAGAUUCGAUCGAUUGGGAGGUGAAGCAAAAUUACGUUCUAGUCAUAGAGGCUUGGGAUAAUUAUCAAUUUGGUUACACUGCCGGUGAAUCGAGAAACGCUUUCAAACAGAUCCAGGUGACGGUGACGGACGUUAACGACAACCCACCGAAAAUGGACGUGCCCCCGACGUGCGUCACCAUAUCAGAGUUCCACGACAUCAAAGAUCUUAUUUUCGCCGUCAAAGUGAAGGACGCGGAUGAUCCGAAGACGCCGAACGGCCGCGCGAAAAUUCGAAUUCUUUUCGGGAAUGAAUUAGGCCUGUUCAUGUUGGAGCAAACGGAUUAUUGGACCGCGAAUAUAAGGGCGGCGCAUUCUCUUCGAGGAAAAUUCGGGAAUUAUUCGUUGCACCUGGAAGCGCGAGAUCUCGGCAGUCCGUCAAACAAAGACGCUGCCGUUCUGCACAUCUGCGUGACCGAUUACAACGAUAAUCCGCCAUUGUUCAUCAGCCCACAGCACAAUACGACUAUUCGAAUACCAGAGAACGUAACAGUUGGAACACCGAUCAUACAAAUCGAAGCCAAGGAUGCCGAUACCGGUCCAAAUGGGGACGUUCAUUAUCGUUUGAAGCAAGACUUGGCCGGCCAUUGGAGAACUUUUCACAUCGACGAUACGACUGGAAUUGUCUCGUUGAAACUUCCUUUGGACAGAGAAACGCAGAAAUUGUACGAGAUCAGAGUGGAAGCGUACGAUCUAGGAACUCCAACCCCGCUCAGCACGGAUCUAGAUCUAAUAAUCUACGUGCGAAACAUCAACGACUACGAGCCACAAUUUUUGCUAGACGUGUUCAACAUCAACUUUACGGAAGAACAAGCUCCAGGAUCCGAAACGGUACAAUUGCCGGAGACGAUCGACAAGGACGAGGUUGACGAUCUCGAUGAUCCACCGACCCAAGUGUGCUACUUCAUAAUCAAUGGGAACGACGACGGCCUCUUCGUCCUUGACAUAUUUAAACACGAAUUAACCACUGCCAGAAUAUUGGACAGGGAGCAACAAGAGGAACAUUUGUUAAUCAUCAAAGCGACGGAAGAUUGUAACAUUGUCCCGGCGAACGAGACGUCGUUCGACGAGACGAACGACACCACGUUGAAAGUCGUUGUAAACGUGAUAGACGUAAACGACAACCCGCCCAAGUUUGUCAGUAAAAUAUUUACGGGAGGGGUUACGACCGAGGCUGAUUUUGCCUCCCAAUUUAUGCAAAUCAAGGCGAUCGACUUGGACGCGGAUGACAACGCCGUGGUCAAUUAUUACCAAGUUGGCAAGAUACACAUGACUUUGACAGAGGGUUUGGACGAUAUCGAGUUACAACCGUUUCUCGUUAACAAACUCACCGGGGUGGUGAGCUUGAAUUUUGAUCCUCAAAGAGGGAUGAAAGGAUAUUUUGACUUUAUGGUGCUGGCUAAUGAUACUUACGGAUUAGAAGACACAGCGAGGGUAUUUAUUUAUUUGUUAAGAGAGGAUCAGAGAGUUCGUUUCGUGUUGCGACAACAUCCACCGGAAAUAAGGAAUAAAAUAGAAACGUUUAGAGAAAUAUUGGGGAACGUGACCGGGGCUAUAGUGAACAUCGACGAAUACAAGAUUCACGAGAAUCACGAUGGCUCCGUCGAUCGAACGAAGACCGAUCUGUACAUGCAUCUUGUAAAUCGUCGAGACAAUUCCAUUCUCGAAGUGUCGGAGGUCCUCGAAUUGGUCGACAGAAAUAUAGAGAAGCUGGACGGCCUGUUCAAGGAAUUCAACGUUCUGGACACGCAAGCGGCCCAGUAUCAACCGAUUCUCCAGUACGAGCAAGCGGGAACCACUUUUUGGCUUUUGACUUUGACCUUGUUCCUGGGUGCUCUGCUAAUUCUCUGCAUAGCCCUCUGCCUCUCGCAGAGGGCCUCGUUUCGAAGGCAAUUGAAAGCAGCUAACGCCACUCCGUUUGGAACGUCAGACGCGGAAUUUAUCAGAGGACCGGGCCGUGUACCGAACACCAACAAGCACAGCGUGGAAGGUUCCAAUCCAAUAUGGAUGCAUGCUUACGAGAACGAAUGGUUUAAAAGUGACGAGUCGAUCAGUCAUAUGUCCGAAAGAGACUCUUUGGACGAAAAUGCACUGAACAACGAAGAUAUAAUGAACGAAGCUAACGCAAACCAAAGAAACGAUGAUAAACCGUAUUACAUCGAGCCAAGGGUGUCUUCCAUUUCGAGAAUGCCCUUCGCAGGAGAAUGGUGCAAAGUAUGGAUUUAUUUCGGAUUCGUUUUCGCGUGGGCGAAAGGUGCACGUCCACGCUUUGAUACUUCCACGGACAUGGGAUUAGUUCUAGUUCCAGCGGAUGCCGAAGUAGAUUCGGUCAUUUUUCGCCUUCGCGCCACUGACCAGGAUGCGGAUUUUCCACUCGUUUUCGAAAUAACCGCUACCAUCACACCUGUUGUAAGGAUCGACAACCUGCCGUGCACGUUGUAUAACAAAGUGUGUCAAGCAAAUGUGAUUCUAACGAAACGGUUAGUUCCCGGACGCCUUCACGAUUUUGCCGUGAGGGUUAGGGACACGAAGGGAGACUCGAACUCGAUGCAAGCGACUAUUUCUGUUACGAACUCGACCACCCCUCGUGAUAAAAUAUUCCCGCACAUACCUUCCCUCAUUAUGGUGCCCGAGGAUACCAAACCGGGCAAAGAGUUAGAUUAUCUUCUAGUGAGAGCCAAUUCUCGAAGCGGAAAACCUGUUUACAUCGAACUCUGGCAACCAAAAGAACUUUUCACCAUAAGGCAACGACAAACGCCGAUCCAAACACGAGGAGUAAUCAUAUUAACCGGAGAGUUAGAUUUUGAAACGCAAUCUAUGUACACCCUUACCAUGUAUGCCACGGAUCCGUACACGGAACAGGGGAAAGAUACGAGAAAUAUCGCGGGCCUGAGCGUGGUUGUGAUAGUUCAAGACGUGCAAGAUGUUCCUCCAAUUUUUACCUUGGCGCCUCCCCUCACGAGGAUUAACAAUUCCAUACAACCUGGUGAUAUAGUGGUGCGAGUGCAUGCAGAAGACGGAGAUAAAGGUGUGCCACGUGAAAUCGUGUACGGUCUCGUGUCCGAAGGCAAUCCUUUCACGCCGUUUUUUAACAUCUCGGAGACAAGUGGUGAAAUCACUCUUGCUAGACCUUUGGAGGAGCUCACGCAAAUCACGCACGUCGGAGCUCCGGUUGUACUUACGGUAGUUGCUGAAGAGAUAAGAAGGAACAGGGACGAGCCACCAGCCCAAGCGACAGUUGUCGAUGUCGGUUUCCUUCUUGGGGAACCAGGAAACAGCCCACCGUACUUCGAGAGUGAUAACUACAUCGCCACGAUAGACGAGAAUCCCGAACCGGGGACCGUGAUAAACUUUGGUGAACAGUAUUCGACCAGGGUGAAGGAUGAAGACAUCGGGAAAGCCGGAGUGUUCACGUUAAAAUUGGAGAAUAACAAUAAUACGUUCGAAAUAAAUCCAACAGUAGCGGAGCGUAGCGCGGAUUUCGUCAUAACCGUACGAGAUAACACGCUAAUUGAUUACGAAUUGUACAAAUCUUUAUCUUUCAAGAUCGUUGCUCAAGAAGUUGGUCCGGCGACAAAUCUGUCGGCACUGGUGCCAGUUACCAUAUCUCUAAGAGACGUGAACGAUAAUUCACCGAUAUUCGACCAAGAAUCGUACGAAGUGACGUUGUCCGAGAACGUGACCGAAGGUUCGCGCGUGACACAGGUGCACGCAACCGACAAAGACACAGGUAUCUACGGAAGUGUACGAUACACCGAUAUAAGAGGGGAGGGUGGCGAAGCUUUCACCAUGGAGCCAGACACGGGAUUGAUAACCGUCAGCAUGGGUUCCUCUUUGGAUCGAGAAGUAAGAGCAAGAUUCGUGUUAACCGUGGAAGCACGAGACGAGAAUGGGGAUGGAAACAGAGGUGUCGUUCCUUUAAUAGUUAAUUUAUUAGACGUCAAUGACAAUCCACCGAUAUUCGAGAAGGACGUUUACGAGUUCGCGUUGAACUCUGAUCUCACCAACUUUACAUUGCCAGCUUUUAUAAAGGCUAUCGACGCUGACUCAGAGCCGCCCAAUAACGUGGUCAGAUACGAGAUAAUCCACGGAAAUUACGAGAACAAGUUCUAUUUGAACGAAACGAGCGGUGAAUUGACACUUUUGUCGCCAAUUACGAAAAUCAGGCGGAAGAAGCAGAGCGCUUACGACAGAUUUUCGAAGAAAGCGGGGACGAAAUUUGUGAAAAAUCGAGGAGAAAUCGAUCACCCGUACAGGAACGAAUUAUCGAUGAAUAAUCGUAACGGGAUGAACUUAAAUUUAACUAAGGAAAUGGUGAUGGAGGUGAUAAAGAAGCGACGAAAACGGGCCAACGAUGACCCAUUGUACAUUCUUACUGCCAGGGCAUACGAUUUAGGUGUACCCCAUCUUUCGAGCGAAACGAAAAUUCGAAUAUUGAGUGGUGUCGCCAUGGAGGCGCGGAUAAUGAUGUUCGUGGUGCCGGGAGAACAACCAGAUUCAACGAAAACUGCCGAGACUUUAGCUGCUAUCACAGGUGGCCGAGUCACCGUUUUAGAAACUCGCCCUUAUAUCCAACAGAAUCAUACGGGGAUUUUUGGAGGAGGAGGAGGAGGGAAAAAGAGUAUCGUCAUAGCUCGAGUUGAACAAACGGAGCCAGGCACAUCAUUGGUAGAUGUGGAGAAGAUUCGAGAAACUUUGGCUGCGAACGGGGUCGGAAUUAUCGGUGGAACCGAUGCGAUUAUGAAUGCAACGAAUAUCGACAAUACAAAAGUUCCACUCGAUGGAACGCCUAAACAUACCACUGCUAACGAUGGCCAAACAACUGUUAUCAAUAACACGAUUAUCACCGCUCAAAACGAAGAAGUGACCGUAUACAAAGCAGAAAACAAAUUGUUAUUCUGGCUUCUGAUAAUACUGGGUCUACUAAUGCUCUUGGCCGUCGCCAUAUUGAUUGCUUGCUGCAUAUGUCCCGGAUGUCCGUUUUACAUGGCGCCCAGAAAAAGGCGAGUACAUUCUUCAGAAACGUUGGUCGUAAGAGCGGACGGAAGGCCGAAGAGGCAUCUUCAUCGACAACCGGCAGUACCCGUCGAAGUAUCGUGGAAUGGAAGGAAACAAGCGUGGAGCGCGGAUCCGACGAGAAGAAAUUGGCAAUUCAACAAAAGGAACGUGAAAAAUUGUUCCCUUCCCGGGGAUGUUGCCUACAUUUCCGGCCAACCGAACGAUAUUCACACCAGCCUCGAGGCUCAAAGAUUGAGAGACGGAAUAGGGAGACGUUCUUACGACCAUUCGAGGAGGAGCAGGAUGAACGAGCAAGAAAGAAUGUACAUGGAGGAUAUCGAAGAUCAAAAGGGAAGGGGUGGUUACCGCACUGCCGAGUUGGAAUCUUUGCAACGGCACGAGAUGGACAGAGGUUCGGACCUGCAACAUCAGGCUUACAGGCAAAGAUUCGUGGAACACGACACGAACGAAGAAACGACGGUGAGAGAGCAACACUUUUUCCGCGAGGGAAACGCCGAAGUGCUUCGACUCGUAACACGAGGGCAAGUAGAAGACAACGCGUCUCACCAACCACCACAUCCUCACCGUCCGCCAACUUUAAUCAUAGACGGUAAGGAUAUAAUUCUGCAAAGAUUCAUAGAGGACCAGAAGUCAAGGCACGAGUUGUCGAUGCAGGACAUCGAGGCAGCUCGUAGCAUGGAAUCGCAUCAACGAUCGAAAGAUGUUUGCAACCAGCAACAACCGGAGAUAAUCUUGAUACCGGAAAGGUUGGAGCUCGGGCACAGGCAACACGUGGAGGAGAUCGGGCCCAACGUUCAGAGGCUCGUGAUUGAUCACGAUCGUGAUUACGAUUCUCGUAAGGGAAAGGAGCCUCGUGCGAUGAGAGAAACGAUGAGGCAAGAGAAACAAGAGGCCGGCUCGAUCGCCGACAGGCCGACGUUGAUCGUUGCCAAGGAACAAUCGGACAACGCCCAGUAUCCGUUCCACGAUUUGGAAUUGGCGAGGCAAAACGUUUUGUUGACGCGGUUAUUGUUGGAGAAAGAGAAUCGAAGAGCGGGCGUGAUGGAUUCUACCAGCUACUUGGAGACGCAGAGUCUGCCCGGCCAGGUGGCUAUAGCCACUCAAACGGAUAGAACGGCGGCCACUCAGACGGAUCGGCACGUGAAGAGCAGAAGCGACAACGACGAGUCGGACACGGAGGAGUCGAGAUACAGGAAGAGGUUGAGAUCUAGGAAGAAAUAUGGGGGGGACGGGGAUUGGAGACGGUCGAGAACCCUGUGGAUGAAGUCGCCGAUCGAGGAGGAGGGCAGCCCUUGCUUCGACAAACGAUUGAGCAUUCUCAGGAAGAAAGUGAGAGAGGUGAAGGAGGGGAGGAAGAUCUCUCUGGAACCGGAUGUGUUGCGAGAGAUCUCGGAUUCUUUGGACGGGAAUGGAAGCUCGUGCAAGGGCGAGGAAGACGAAACGAUGAGGAGUUACAGAAAAUCGACGGAGCAGACGAGCAUCAGUUACAAAAUAUUGAACGAAAAGGAGAAUGGAUCCUCCGAGGAGAGGAGGAAAGAGAAGAGUAGCGAAGAAAUGACGGAUGAUCGAAGGAGGGCGAACAAUGCCACGGAAUCGUCCUCGCCUGAGAUAAAAGUUCAACGGGAGAGGCACGUUGGCCCGAAGGAGAAAAGUCCUAAAAGGGAAACGAGGUCGAAGGCGCAGAAGUCGGAGGGCGUGAUAAAGCCAAGUUUCAGGAUUCUCGAGAAAGAAUUUACGAUGCUGACGAAGAGACUGAGCAAGUUGGGGGACAAGAAAUUCCAGGAGAGCACCGCCAGUGACAGCACCUGCCAAGAAAAGUCCGACUCCCUCGCCAAGGAGACGAGAAAGGACUCGGAUCAAAAGAGUUUGAAAAAAAUGGACCCUUCGACCUCGCAGAAGCACGAAACGGCGUCAAAAGUGGAGCAGAAAGGAAAGCAGAGAAAAGAUUCGGCCAUAGCCAAGACGAAACAAAAGUUGAAGUAUCAGCAGAGUCAAGUCAUGAGUACAGGCAGCUCGGAGCUCGACGAUUCGCUUGGGUUUGACAAACCGAAGAAGCCGAGUGUAGUAACGCGGCACGAGACCACGAAGCAGAAACAAUCUGUCGGUAACCACGGGAAAGUGAAACGAUUGAUACAACAGAUGGAUCGACGAGAAUCGAGAAAGCAAGUGCCCGAAGUGUCGAAGGACGAGGAAACGGAGAAACGGAAAGACGGAUUGUCGAAAGGAACUCCGAAAGGUGAAUUAAAAUCUGAGAAGGUUGGAAAGGUGGCGGCGAAGGCGCCGAAAUUAAGCGUUGCGUCUCGUAAGCAAAACGUAAUCGAGGAAACGAGUACCAGUACAGAAGAGAGAAGGGAGGAAAAGGAAAGGGAUGCGUUCGCUUUUGAGAAAAAGAGCAGUACGGAUUUCUCGGAGAGAGAUUUCUCGAACGGUUUGUUCCAGCUUGGAAGGGAGAGGGUCGAGAAAAAGAUAAUUCAAAAAUUUAGCGAUGACUUUGUUGAAAGGGAAGAUACCAGUGAACAGAAAGUAACUACUUCGACGGAAGAGGAGAAAGAUACGGCGAGCACGGAGGAACGAAAAGUUGGUAUGCUCGAAUCAAAUGGGAUACGCAAGAGUCAAGAUUUAUUUGACAAAUCUACGAAAGAACAGGAAGAGCGUGUUAUCAGUUCGAGGAAAGAUGAUCGUUCGGCUCAUUUGCAUACCGAGGAACAAUUAAUUACAGAUAUCAAGUUCAUCGAUAUGGGUCCAACUAAAAAAGAAGAAUUAGGUAAAAUUGUCGUACGAGAUCAGAAAGUUGAUAAAAUGGCAUCUAAAGUAGAACCUACGAAGAUCCAUGGAUCAAUGAAACCAGAGAAUGAGAGUAUAAAAUAUAGCGAAGAGGGUAGAAUAAAAGAAACUAAACGUGUGGAUGAAUUAGUAAGUAAAAGUGAGAAAGAAAUAAUUGAACGGGUUCGAGAUAAAUUGGAGGAUUACAUGAGAAAGGAUAAACCAUCGAAUGGUUUUAGAGAACAAAUUGAAACUAAACUUGAUAUUAGGAUAGAAGAACCGAAGCAAGAAGAAGACAGAGAAUUAAAUGACACGUAUAAAUAUUUAAAAGAAGAAAUAGAGAAAAUGUCGGAAGAUUUGAAGAAGAAACGCGACGAAUCCAAGAGAACAGAAGAAGAAGAAGAAGAAGAGGACGUGUUGUCAAGAUAUGUGCACGAUAUUGAGGAUAAAAAUGGCGCAAAACAGAAGGCAGAAAAAAGGAUACAGGUAGAAGUACACGUGCCUACGAAAAAAGAGCACGAUGGUAAAAUGGACGCAAUGCAAAAAAUGGAAAAGGAUAUAAAAUCUCAAGUUUUAAGCAAUGGAAAAGAUAGUAUGAAAUUCGAUACUACAGAUGUACAUAUAGAGGAUAAAUCAGAGGAAGAAAAACAGAAAGUAAAACUCGAUAUUUCAACCACAGAUCACAUUUCUGAAAAGGAAGAUUCGACAAAAAUUGCAUUCAAUGGUGAUGAUAAAGAGAAAAUUAGCUUAAGUGUGGAGAUUCCUCAUAAAGAAGAAACUACAUCAAUAAUAGAAACUGAUAAACGAAUAGAAGAAAAUAUUUUUUUAGAUGAUCGAGAAACGGAUGAUAAAGAAAAAGAAGAUAUUAAAAUUAAACUUGAUAAUCGAAUCAUAGAAAGUAGCGAGGACAAGAAAAUUAGCGACGAACAAAAAGUUAUUGUAAAAAGUACAGAAGAGGAUUACGGAGAAACGACGAAGGAUUAUAAAAUUGCUGAAGAAAUAAGUGAGGAUAAAAAAAUUGAUACUGAAGAAAUGAUUAAAGAUCAAAAAAUUGAUGCAGAAACAAUCGUGGAUUAUGAAGUAACUGAAGAAACGGCAAAAGAUCAAAAAAUUGAUAAGGAAGAAAUGAAGGAUCGUAAAUUCGAAGGAGAAACAAGUAUAGAUCAUAAAAUUACUGAAGAAGAAAGCGAGGAUUCAAAAAUUGAUGAAAAACAAGCAACUUUGGAUCGCGCGUUAACUAUGGAAAAAAUUAAAGAUCAAGAAGAGGAUUAUAAAAUCGUCGAAGAAGCGAGUAUGGAUCGCAAAAUAAUUGGAGAAGGAACUAAAGAUGAAAUAAUCGAUAAAGAAUCAAUAGAAAAACAUAAAAUUCCUGAAGAAGCAAUUGUAAAAAUUAUUGAAGAAAUACCAAAAGAUCAAAAAAUUAAAGAUGAUACAAUGGAGGAUGACAGCAUUAUUGAAAAAGCAACUGUGAGUCGUAUUGAAGAAAUAUCUAAAGAUCAAGUAGUUAAAGAAAUUUCAGAGGAUUACGAAAUUGCUGAAAAAGCAACUGAAGAUUUUAAGAUAACUGAGGAAGUAACUGUAGAUCAUAAAAUGGAAGAAAAAGUAAAAGAGGAUUAUACAAUAGUUGGAGAAAGAUUCGACGAUGAUAAAUCUCUGAUAAAAACUGACUUUACUACCAAAGAAGAGAUAUCUGAUAAAGAACAAGAUUCAACAGAAAUUGAUAAUGAUAGAAUUAGUAGGGAGGAAAGUAUUUUCUUAGAUAAAAAAAAAGAUUUUGAUGAAAAGACAUUUGCUAAAAAAAUUGCUACAGAUGAUCACGAAAUCAGUACAAAGAAGGUUUCGGAUACUGAAGAAGAAAUUGAAAAGAAAAAAAGUAUUUCUCCUGAAAUAAAAGAAAUUCUUCCUGUAGUAGAAAUUGUGACAGAACUAAUUAAAAGUGAUGAUGAAAAAAUUAGUGAUAAAGAAGACAUUUUUACUGACAAAGAAGAAGAAAUACCUAUUGAAGAAAAGAAAGAAAUUCCAAAAACUGAUGAAAUUGAAAAGGAAAGUAUUUCCGAUGAUAAAGACAAGAAAGAAGAUUCUGAUAAAAAAGAAAAAGUGAUUACAGAAGAAACUGAUGGACGAUCAUUUAAAGAAACAAUUAAAGAAAUACAAAUAACAGAUGAUCACAAAAUUAUCGAAAAAGAAAUUUUAGAAACGAAAGAAAUCAUGGAUGAUCAUCAAAUUAGUGACAAAGAAAUUGUUCCAGCAACAUUAGAAAUUGAAGAAAUACCUAUUGCUGAAAAACAGGAUGAUAUCCAAAUACAUCACAUUGAAAAAGAAGAUGGAAAAAUAUCUCACGUUGAUAAAGAUGAUGAGAUUAAAGAAAAAGAAGAUUUGUCAAAAAUUUCAACCACUGAGGAAAUUUCAAUGGAAGUUCCUAUCGUCCCUUCAAUUGACAUUAAUGUAAAACAAGAAACAUCAACGGACACAGAAUCAAUCGAGGAUCACGCCAGUAAAAAGGAUAAUGUUUUCUCAGAAAUGUUUAAAGCUGUCCAUUCGUUAGUCGAUAAAUUGACGAACGGGAAAAGAUCAAGAAAGACAAGUGUAGAAGAGGUUGCAAUCACUGAAUUUCAUUCAGAUGAUAAAAUUAUCCAGAAAGAAGUGUUACCUCCUGACGAUGACAAGGAGAAACAUCAAGAAGAAAGUUCGAUUACCAGCGAAUCACCCGCUUCUCGAGUGGAUAAUGAUUCGAUAAAAUUAAUGGAAGAGCAAAUGGACGAUAAGAAUAUUAUGAAAGAUAAAUCUCUCGAUACCACAGAUGAGAAAGUAGCUAUCAGUCCAGAGGAAACAGACAAAAGCAUGCAAAUUGAUGUCGUGUCAGACUCGAAGAAAACAGAAUCCGACGAAAGUUUGGGGAUAGACAAAUCUCCGAAGGAGAAAGAGGACGAAGAAGAAACGAUAAAAUUAAUAUUGGAAAAACCUCUCUUGGAAGAAGUAGAAAUCGAUAAACCUUUAAAACACGAUUCGGCGUCGUUGAUGCAACCAGCGGACGAAAAAAUGAAGGAUAGCAAGGAUAUCGUCGACGAAAUAUUAUCCAAGAAAACAAUCGAAAUAAGCGAGGAGUCGAAAGAAGCGAUCCCAGAUAACGAAAGGAUGGAUGUCGAGCCGAAUGUACGAAUUGGCGAGGAGGAGUUGUCGCUCGUACCAACGUCAAGCGAAGCGAGCGCCAGUUUCCAAGAGAUCGAAUCGCCUCGAAGUUGUUCACAGACGUGCGAGACGACUACAAAGGAAAAGUUAGUCUCUGACUCCAUUAUAUCCGAAACUUCAACAGAUUCCGCGAAAACAUUGGAAUUUGAAAAGCAAUUGAAGUCAGCAGAAAGCAAACAGAUUGAAUUACAAGAAAUGGAACAAUUUGUCGAGGGAGAAAGUUUCAUCGCGGGAGGCGGGAUUCAGAGGGAAAGAGCAACGUUUCCCGAGGGACAAUCGCGGGAGAGCGCGGAAUCUGAUGUGCACACGAUUGUUUACAGGGACGAAUCGGAUAAGCGAGAAGAUCGAACUAAAGAGGAAAUGGAUAAAACUUUGAAGGGACGUGUAGAGGAGGAGGGGAGGAUACCUGUUGAGGAAGAAUACGUAAGCCUUCCACUUUUUACGAGCAUAAUAGAUACGAUGGAUGAUUCCGAGGACAGUGAUUCAUCGAGCGAUAUUUCCAGGAAGACAACGUUAACCACCAGACCGUAUCAAACCCCGCGAAAUCGUGCUCGACAGGUUCCCGAGAGUGAGAGUAGCCAAACGGAGGAAGUGGCUGAAACGGCAAGUGUUGGGGACGAGGAACAAGCGAUAUUAGCUGUCGAGGUGAUAGGAAAUGGAAACGUGGACUCGCCGAAAGAUGAAAGGAUGCUUGAAAAAGUUGAAGACGCGGGUAUGGAACGAGCUCCUUCGACGAGAUCAACCGACGAGGCGGUGGAAGGCGAAGAAACUGGAUCGAGAGAAGAAUUUAUAAAUGUACAACCGUGUUUUAGCGGAGGAGAAAGAUUAAGAACGACGAGCGAUACGGAAAUAGAAUCUUCGACGAAACAUACGAAAGACGCAAAAUCUGAAACGAAACGUGGAAAGGAUGGAAAAAUUAAUAGAGAAGACGAAGCGUCAUCAUCGUCGGGCUCCAAACUUGCAAAAACUGAUACUUUCAAAGUUGGCGACAAGAAGGCGAAGGAACAAGACAGGAAAAGAGUACCCCCGCAAAGGAAGAAAAAAACUUGUCCCGAGGAAUCUCCGGGCGAAGAGAAGACGACGCAUUCUCAGGAUGCAGCGGAUCAUCGCGGUGGGUAUCGCGCGCGGGGGAAGCCCUCGGAAGAUCGAUCGAGGCAAAAAGAUGGUGAUAAAACGAAACAGGGGAGGAGAAGGGAGGAAGAAUCAGAAAAGCAAAGGCAAUUUGCAUCGAGAUUGAGGAUCGAGAAGGAUAAGAAAUCGUCAUCGAGCGUUGGCGAGAAAUAUCCGACCCCGUCGAGAAGCGGGGAGAUCGAUACGAGUAGAGCGCAGCCGAAAUAUAUGGCGUGGUACAAAAAGAACCGAGAGGAAAUGGAGAAGAGGAGGGCCGAGUUAAUGGCGACGGAUGACGAGGAGCAGCUUCCACGAUGGUUACGAAGAAGCAUGAGAGGGCAGAGAGCCGAGAAGGAAGAUAAAAAGCAGCCGAGUCAAUCGAAAACCGCUGACACGACACCGCGGACGAGACGCAAAGUUAAACCUUUGGUAAACGUUGAAUCCGAACAAUUGAAGGCCAUUGUUCGCCAAGGUAGAAAAUUAAGGAGAGCCGAAGGGGGGAGGAACGAAGAUCCACCGGUACAGAUAUUCGCCACGACUCCGCCCCACGAUCCCAAGCAUCAUUUGACGCAACAUUCCGAAUAUAAAUACGAGAAAGCGCCCGCGCCGUUCUACCUCCACCCCCCUCCUCCCCCCCAUCCCUCGCCCCAAUUGUCGCCAGAACAUUUCGAAAUUCCGCCAACGAUGGAACGCGGACGUACGGAUGAAGAAUUCGAUUCCGGGAUAGCGGUGUCGUUACAGGCUGGAAACAGGCGGCACCAACAAUUAUUGGAAAAGAAGAGUGUGUUCGAUAUCGCGUAUAGCGAAGCGGCACCCUCUCAAUUACGUUCAGACAGUACCACACCUCCGUCCUAAGGUAGCGUAAUGAUAUUGGAAUCGUUUUGUUUUGUCGAGGAAUCUCCGUUGUUCCAUUCUUUUAAUUACAGAGGACAUUAUAUAUUGUUGAAUAUCUUUUUUAUGUUUUAUAUGGGUAUAACGAUGAGUUAAUGAGUUGAAAAUGCGAAUGUGCUGAACGAUAUCCUCGAUCCAUGAAUUUUUAAAUGUUACGUUUUUAAAAGAAGAAACACAGACAGGUUAAAUUAAAAAAGAAGAAUUAAAUUACGCACAAAUUGCAGGGUUAAUUAUAAAGUAGAAUUUCAGAAAUUGUUAUAGGGAUGUCACGUUUUAGGAUUUGUUAGAAAAUAAGAAUGAAUAACUUUCUUAUGAAAUCGUUGAUCAAAGAAACAAAUGUCAUUCGUAUAAUUCAUUAUUUUAAAAAGCAUUUUGUUAAUGUUGUUUAUUGCCGUCCGAAGAAAAAAUAGCACAUCGAUUCGAUGACCAAUUUUAUAUUACGAUUGUUAUCUCAAUAUUUCGAUGUUUAUAAUUAUCUUGUAAA